AUUAUUUUCUUUUCAAUUCUCUGUCUUAUUUUUUCUACUUAUUAUCUGUUGUACUUUACAAUGCAGAUUCGUGUAAGGCAUAUGAUUGUAAAAGCAAUGGAGGAUAGAUAUCCGAAAUGGGGUGAAGAUGAACCCCAUCAGGAUUUGGAUAACAUGAUAGUUGACAUCCUCAAUGAUCUUCUAAACGACAAGUUUUGGGAUGUAGUGCCAUCUACCAAGCCCCUGAAGAGAAAAACUCAUGUCACUGCACCUAGUGUUCCCGAUAGAGUGGAUGAGAGCCCCUCCACAAAACGAAAGAGGGAGAAAGAAACUGCUCCAGAAAUGGAAGAAUCUCAUACUGAUAUGCCCACCAUCAACAUCACAAUACAAACGUUGCUUGAGGCUGUUAACAACUUGAGUGGAAGAUUAGAAACCAUGGAUGUUAGUGUAGCUGAAAGGGUUUCUAAGACAUUGGAAGCUUCUGUACAAGCUCAGAUGGAAGCUAGAAUCGGUUUAUUUGAGACUGAGUUCAAGAACAAGAUGGCCAUAUUACAGGAAGAAAUAAAGGUUCUUAAAGGGAAGGAUAAUGAAAAAACUCCAUCCGCUGCCGGCAACUCCAAAGCACACGAUGAAGACGACGCUUGUAGCAACACAAUGUCAUGGAUGGUUCAGACAAAAAAAGUUCUGUUGAUGGUUUGCCAAUACAACGUGUCAUUAAAAAGGAGAAGAAGAAUAAGAAGACAAUGCCGGUGAAGGAAGAUGAAAUGCCAUUGAAAAAAGUGAAGACAGAGAAAGCAUUUAGUAUCCCAGAGCUAAAUGACCAAUCCGUUUCUUCAGAGGGAUGGGAGAAUCAUCUAAAUUGGGAGAAGAGUGUAAAGUGUAGAGAGGUCUUGGAAGCACUUUGUUCAAGUGUGGAGCCUAGACGCAAGCGAAAACCUCAGUUGACGAAGACUCAAGUUUGGCUUUAUGUAGGGAAUUCAACAGUGAAGCGUAUCAUAACUGCUGACUCUGUCUCUGAAGAAUCUUUUGACCCAUUAUCUAAGGUGGAUCCAGAGAAACUGCAGACAGUAUUGGACUUCAUUAAGUCUGAUUUGGAAAAAGAUGAGUCUGGUUUUGCAGACAGAGGCGCAGUAUUUUAUUUGAGGUUGAUGAUACCGAGAGAAGCUUGGCCAAACAAUAAGUACGGCUGGUUGCAUGACACCCACAUGGCUUCAGCAAUGCUUAUGUUACACAGACGCUCCAUGCAGUCCCCAUCUCCAUAUUCUCCUCGAAUUGCAUUUCUGGAUCGUUGGUUUGUGCAGUCAUGGGUGAACGACUACAAGAAGUCUCAUCAGACGCCAAAUGAGUUGUCAGAACGUUAUAGCAAGGCCUUUAAUGGAGAAUACCCAGAACAAUUUGUCACGGGUAAGAAGUGGCUUGCAGAUGUUGACACUCUUUUCCUCUGUCACCAUGUCAACGGCGAUCAUUGGGUUGCUUUAAGAAUUGAUCUUGUUAAGGAGGUAAUACAUGUGUAUGAUUGCAUACCAUCUGUGCUGAGUGAUAAGCAGUUGCACGAGGAGUGCAGGCCUUUCACGAAAAUGCUACCGGCAUUGCUCAACAAGAUGGUGGAGGAUCCAAAAUUGAAAACUAAGCGUGACAAGCAGUUCACCUACCGUAGGCACAAGAAGAUCCCCAAAAAUGAGGACCCAGGAGAUUGCGGCGUGUACAGUCUGAAAUAUAUUGAGUGUCUAGCUCUAGGGCGCAAUUUUGAUGGCUUAAGUGAUCAGAUUAUACCAUCACUGCGACUGAAGAUGGGAGCAGAUAUUUAUGGAGAGGUGGCUAUGGAGGAUGGAUGUAACUGGUAGGUUUGUGCUCGUCUUUGGAUUGAUAUAACUUGGUCAGUUUUUGCUUAUUUUCGGAUGCAUGUAACUUGGUCAGUUUUUGCUUUUUUGGAUGGAUGUAACUUGGUCAGUUUUUGCUUUUUUGGAUGGAUGUAUUUUCGUUGGUUUUUUCUUGUUUUCGGAUGGAUGUAUUUUGGAUGAUUAACG